ACUGCCAAGCAAUACGCCUCUUUUGCCAUCGCUCUCCCUCCCUUCACCGAUCGCAGGGCGUCACCGUCGCGAAGCUCAGCACGAUGGUGAAGUUUUUGAAGCCCAACAAGGUGGUUGUGCUCUUGCAGGGACGGUACGCCGGCCGCAAGGCCGUAAUUGUCAAGAACUUCGACGAUGGCACCAAGGAGCGCCCCUACGGCCAUGCUAUCGUCUGCGGAAUUGCUAAGUAUCCCCGCAAGGUGAUCAAGAAAGCGUCUCAGAAGACCAUCGCCAAGCGUUCGAGAGUCAAAGCGUUCACUAAGGUGGUCAACUACAACCACAUCAUGCCGACCAGGUACUCUUUGGAUGUGGAUUUGAAAUCUACUGUAACAGCGGACAAGUUGGAGUCUACUGCUAGCCGCGUAGAGGCCAGAAAGGGGGCGAAAGCUGUUUUGGAGGAGAGGUUCAAGACUGGCAAGAACAGGUGGUUUUUCACCAAACUUCGUUUCUGAAAUCUUCUUAGGUUAUGGAAUGAAACGUAGAAUUUCUACCUCUAUUCCUAAUGGUACCAUGCGAAUAUCUAAAUCAUUGCAAGAAGCAUGCCCUCAACCAAUUUGGUAAUAGACAAUUUUUUCUCCCCAA